AUGUUAGCCUUUUUAGUGCUGCCGCUACAUAUUCAACAGGUUAUGAGCCCUGUCGCUUUAAAAGAGAAUCCGUUGUCUAUUAAACUCUCUGGACCCAAGCAAUUUAAGACUUGGUUUAUCCGUUUAAAGCAACAUCUAAUCCGUCAUUCCACUGAGUGGUCUGAGUAUGCCUCAACCGGCAAUAUUUCUUCUGUCAUCGAAGAAUACAAAAUGUCUAAACAGGCAUCCAACACUGCUAUUCAGUUAUUAAGUAGUGCUUUAAUUGAUCUAAUCAAACUAUCCACUGAGGGUGAAGCUAAUAAUUUGGUGUAUAAUAUUAGUGACACUAACGAACUUCAAAGUGGUAAAAACUUAUUAGACACUAUUAUUAAUACGUAUCAGAUGUCAAAUGUGCGUUAUAAUUCUGACAUCUGGACACCAUUGCUUGACAAUGCUAACAAACCAUUAGAAGACAAGAUCAAAUAUGCAAAUGAUCUUGCUUCUAAAAUUUUUGAACCAAAUGAAUUUGACAAAGAAUUCAUGAACAACUGUUCGCCAGCUAUCCUUUUAAAAUACAAGGAAAAUAUUAAUUCCAAGAAGAAUGAUUUUAUUGGAUAUUUUUUAUUGGCUUUAUGUCCUGACUCUCAGAAACAUUGUCUAAGUUUCAUGGGUAAUCUUACCAAGAUGAAUCACGUUGAACAGUUAGUAAUAAUUUCUUACUAA